AAAUAGUUUCCACUUUAAGUUCUGUAAAAGUAUUUGACCCCUCUAGAGACCAUGUAUAUAUAUGGUGACAAAAAUUAAUACUUUCAAUAUCUUCAUUGUCUUCUCUCUCUCUCUCCCUAAAAAACAUGGAAACUACAAAAAACACUAAUCUCCAAAACCCUACUAAACUCCCAAAACCAUUUCAACAUCACCUAGAAGAAGAAAAAGAAGACGCACUAUCUCUCCGAGAUCUUCCCCUCAAAGCCAAGAAUCCUAAUCCCACCACCACCGAAGACCACAAAGAACCGUCAACGGAACUUUUUGAGUUUCUAACCUCAUCCUCCUACGACGUAGCUCCGGCAGAAAAUAUAAUCUUUGGCGGGAAACUCAUCCCUUUAAACUACCAAAAUGCUUUCUUUUCACCUCCUGAGCACAUUAGCCGUCGAAUCCGUUCACGGUCUGAGUCCUUAUCCGCGAUACAAGGCCAUAAGCUUAACCGUCCCGGUAGUUGUACCGUGGCACGUCGUGACAAUGCGGGACCUAUGAGGGCAAGCCGCUCUUUAGAUUAUCGUAAGCUUUCACGUGGUCUAACCACCGUACAUUCUCCACCGGAAAAUAGUUCAUCGACUAAAAACACGGGGAAGCCUGAAACAACGUCUUCGGGAAGUGUAAAAAGUGUAAGGCCAAGAUGGUAUGUGAUCAUGUUUGGAAUGGUUAAGUUUCCGCCGGAGAUCGAACUCAAGGAUAUAAAGAGCCGUCAGAUUCGCCGGAAUAUUCCACCGGUUAUGUUUCCAUCUCCUGCUAACAGGAGAGCUCGUGGAUCUCGGUCGCCAUCACCGUCACCUUCUUGGAGGUUUCUCAACGCUUUAAGUUGCAAGAAGCCCACAAGCGUGGCUGCUACGGCGCCGUUUUGGGUUCCUCAUCCAUAAAUUACUAUAUUAUUCCUACGAACAUUGUGCGCGGUUACUUGCUCUGCCGUUGAUUAAGAAGGAUAGGAUCGUCAUUUAGUAUAAGAAAUAUCGAUAUUGUUAAUUUAUUUUGUGAAAGAAUGUCGAAAUUGUAAUUUAUUUGGUGAAUCGAUAAUAGUUUGGACCAUAACACAUCUUAUUCACACCUUUUUCUUUUUCUUUGAUUUUUUCGUUAUUUUGUAUUUCAGCUCAUUUAGAAUAUUUCAAUAUAUAUUUUAAUAAAAUUGU